AUGUGUGUUUGUGUUCUUGGCUUUUGUGUGGAUGAUUGCGUGCAUGGGUGCCUGUGGUUUCUCCUUCUGAUCAUCUUCCUUUCCUUCCCAGUCUCAUUCCUCCCCCUCACUACCAUCUUUACUGUUGUUGUAUUUUUUUUUUCUUUCUUGUACCGCCUGAAGUUUCAAGUGGGCAUGUUGGCUCGGUAUCGUCACGGCAGGUGGUGUUUCCGUUCUCCGGUGGUUGUAGGGGGAUAA